AAGAGUGAUGACAUUUGUCAAAGUCAGCAAAAAAAAUUGCUAACCUACUCUUUGAUUGAAAAAAUCAGAAUUAUUUGAGUAAUAAAUUCCUCAUCCUAAAAUAAACGUAGAUUCGCAAGUGUUGAAGCAACAAAAAUCAUUUUUAUAGUAAAUGCCGGCAUAUUAAAACUACUGGCAAAAGUAAUUGUGUAAGUAGUGUGCGCCGGUGAAAUUCGUGAUCAUGGCGAAUCCGUCAUCAGGCGUUGUUGUACCCCGCAACUUUCGCCUCCUUGAAGAGCUUGAACAAGGGCAGAAGGGAGUGGGUGAUGGCACCAUUUCUUGGGGACUGGAAAGCGACGAUGACAUGACUCUAACUCACUGGACUGGCAUGAUAAUCGGACCCCCUAGGACUCCUUAUGAAAAUAGAAUGUACUCACUUAAAAUUGAAUGUGGCACUCGGUACCCUGAUGAACCACCAACUGCUAGAUUUAUUUCUAGAAUCAACAUGAACUGCGUGAACAGCCAGACAGGACUUGUUGACAAUAGACAAGUCCCGAUCCUUGCUAGAUGGCAACGCGACUACACUAUCAAGACAGUUCUUCAAGAGCUUAGACGUCUCAUGACACUGAAGGAAAACAUGAAGCUGUCUCAGCCUCCAGAGGGAAGCACUUUUUAGUUCUCUUCUUGCUAAAACACGUCUUAAUGGACCCAAUCUACUUUGAUGAACUAUUUGCUAGAUUUGAUCCCUAUUUUGAUAGUUUUUAUGAAUAAUUUCUUCUAUAAAUGUGAUUUAUGAGCUUAUUAUCUUGCUGUGCUGUUUUGUAUCUUCAAAAUCAAAUAGAUUUAUUAUAACAAUGCAUUUAUUUUCCUUUAUAUUAAAGUAUUCUAUAAGCAUUUUCUUCUGACUGCAACUGUCACUGUAGAUUGGGUAAAUAAUUAUGUAUUUUGUAAGAAUCAUCUCAACAGCUGUAAUUUACCCACUUAGAGGGUAACACCCAUUUAUUUAUCAUAUUACCUAAAUUAUUGUGGCCUUUUAAGAAGUUAAACUUGCUUUUGGUAUGAUUAAGGCUAGUUUUACUGACAUCUUGAUUUUAGGUAAGUGAUUGUUAUACCUAUAUCUAUGUAUAAACCAUCUAUCCAUUUCAAACUUUUGAUAUGGUUGCUUAUAAAUAUGGGUAUAAUUAUUUAUAAUCUAUUCUCAUUUAUUAUAUGAAAAUUAAAGGUCUUAUUUUCUUAAAUUGGUUAAUUAUGGUACUGAAAUGAUAAAGGAAAUUAGCUUAACUUUCUUAAUAGUUUAACAUGAUCAAGUGUAAAAUAUUUUAGGAAACUUUUAUUUCUUAGGCACAUAAGAUAAAGUACUACUGGUUCAAUGAAGCUUUGCUACCGUUUCCUUAUUCAUAAAUACUGUGACAACUUCAUAAUAAAACUUAUAUUAACAGUUUUACUAUGAAAUCUGUUUAUCAAAACACUGUACCACUACAAUUAUCUCCCAUUAACUAUUAUGCGUGAAUUUAUUGUUACAAACCAAAUGCUAAGUCAAAUUGUUUCAUAGCAUUAAUAUUUUUACCAAUGUAUAACUA